GUCAAAUGGCGCCGUUGCUGGGGAGUGGCACGGCAUUAGUUUAAUUUCUUCUAAUUAGCUUGGGUGAAGAUUGGUUAGAACGAUCUUCUCACUUCUUUUUCACCAACCACCCGUAAUAAUUAUUAUGGACAACUCCAGUGGUUAUUACGGCCCGCCUUCUUACUACCAAUCACCCAACCGCCCUCCGUACCAAACCCACCAAACCUAUCACCCGCAUCAGAACCCAUAUGGUGUUGACUACCAAGUCAACAAUGGGUCUGACUACUAUCCCUACGAUGAAGAACCACCAUAUGAUACCCCGUCUAGAAACUUUGGAUAUUCUCCAUACCAAGAUUCUGAUGGGGAUAAUUAUUAUGAACCUCAUGGGGACCAAUAUGACUAUGACCAAUUUGGGCCUAUGUGCGACGAUCAACCUGAUCCACUCGUCGAAGAAAUCUCAAGAUUAGAACAGAAAAUCUUCUAUUUCGACGAACUUUUAUUCGCUGAAGGCUCGUGGUACGAACCACCAUACUCCCGUGACUACACUUUGUUUGCGGAAGAACAAAUUGAAGCAAACAAGGUGGCGAUUCGAGAAAGAGCAAAACUUCUUGAUUCAGUCCGGAAGGAAAAGGAGUUCGAAAGGAGAUUAUGCGAAGGAUCAGAUAUGAUGCAGAAAAUGCUAGAUGAAUUCCAAAGAGAGAGACUAGAAGCCAAAGCUAAAGCUGAUAAACUAGUCAAUGAUCUUUGUAAGGCUGUUGAACUUAAACGCUCCCUCCAAUCUCAAGAUCAAAUGAGGGAGAUUAAUGUUCAAAAAGAGGCUCUAGAACCCAAGACCAACCCUGAACCCAUCAACCAAGCUACUGUGGUAAUGUUACCUGAAUCUCUUCCUAGCCAAGUCCCAACUAGCAUAGUUGUACAUGAGGUGGAACCAACUGAGGGACCUGACUCAGAACCACCUACGCUCGUUCAAGAAAAGAAGGAGGAGGAAGUUUUGCCUACGGCAAUAAACGACCAUCUCCUUAAUUGUGUUGAAGACACACCUCCAAAGGAACCUGUUUUGGAGGAGAUAGAGCCCAUUACCUGCCCCCAAGAUUCCAAUAUCCAAGAGUCUAAGGAGGAAUCUGUUGACGAGGAAAUAUUGUUCAUGGAAAACCCAAAUUCGUCUAUAGAAAUCUGUGCAAAUAAUGCUUCACCAGUAUAUUCAGACCAAACUUUAUUUGACUACUUACAUGACGGGUGUAACCCGAUUUGCCCGGAGGAUAGUUGGAGCCAAAAGAGUUGGGAUGAACUUCUGGUAAGUGACACUGAAGACUCUUCCAUAGGGGAAAGCACGGUCUUAAUCAUCAAACCACAAAUGGAUAGUCAGCCUAUUGAAGAUAAGGAAGAAAUCAAUUUCACAAUCAAGGCUAACGAUGUGGAUCUACUGAGGAGACUUCCACCACCACCCACCUAUACCAAGUCUCCUCCAUAUAUCCUGUUGCCACCAUGCCGCAGGGAGGAGUCAAGGAUCCUGGACCUUGACCGAGCAAAAAUUCAAACAGGGUGGCAUCAGAAGAGAGUCAGAAGGGCCAAACUUUAUGACUCUCGGAUCGGAAAGACGAGGUUCGAUGAGUGGGGACACUCAUGGGUGCUACACGAGUCUGUGUGUCUAGCUCAAGACACACUGACGGACUAUGGCUAUCCAGAGGAGAUGGAGGAGCUACUUGAGGGGACCAGAUGGCAGCGCCUUCUUCAGAUGAGGGCAGAGUCUAGCCUACCACUGACCAUCGAGUUCUUAUGCUCGAUAUCUGCUGUUCCGGAGAUUGAGUCACGAUAGAUGACUCAUAGUUUGAUCACUGCUGAUACCACAUUUGCCUUCACUCUUGCGGGCCAGUCGUUUCAGUUGACAAUG